UUGACAGAAUAUGUUGUGUUGACAAGAUGUUCAGAUAUUAAGAAAGAAAAUGAGCGACAAAUUAAAUGAUACCGUCGAAGAACCAUUAACUACAUUUAAGGAGAAAUGCAAGAACUGUUUCAAAGGACCAAACUUGAUCAAGACAAUUGUCGUAGCGGUCUGCUUCUCACUAGUCAUAUAUCAGAUAUCAGCGUGCGUAAGGAAAUUGAUCGAAAAACCAAUAACAACGUACACACAUUUCGAUUUCAAUAAAACCAUAGCGUAUCCUAGUAUCACCGUCUGCAGGGAGCCACCGUAUAAGUAUGACAAAAUGUUGGAACAUGGUCUUUUUGCACAUCCUCGCAUCACGUCUACAUGGGAAACAUACAAUUUUUCUUAUCCGUUAGACCAGCUGUGGAAUGAGAUCACUUACAACUCCAGCGAGAUAUUUGCACAAUACGGGUUGAAUGAAUUGAUGGAAAACGUGGAAGUGAAAACUUUCAUAGGAUUCUUAUACGGCCGUUGCUACACGUUGUCUCCUAAGAUUCUGCACACCAGAGCCACCAAAGAUAGUGGUUAUUCCAUCACCCUGCAACACAGUGCCGCAGACAUAGCUUCCACCAUCGGUACUUCCCCUCCAGGGUAUCACGUCUACAUCCAUUACACUAAGGAACCAUUUACUGAAGUACCAGUGUACAACGGUGGAUUGGUUGAUUAUUUGCAUUGCAAAGUCGGGGAGACGAUCGACGUAAAACUCUUAGUCAAUCAGUACGUUAUGAUUAGCAACACCGACGAUCCAUGUAUCAACGAUGACGGAUACAGUGCUAAUAAUUGUGCCACUCGGUAUGUUUGGAAUAGAGUUGGAGAAAUUGUUGGUUGUUCAGGACCCUGGAUGUUAAACAGUUUGCUGCCUUAUUGUAGUAACUCUACAAUGAUGAGGAAGCUGAUAGUCAAUUAUAUAAGUGUCUGCCCUCGGUUCUGUCGCUCGUACAUGUACAAUGGUUUCGUAAAUGACCGUCAUACAUUCGCUUGGAACACUGCCACCAGACAAUGGACAGCUAGGAUUGGUGACGCGACUAUGCAGACACAGGGUUUCCUCCUAGGUCUGUCGGUCAUCGGCAUAAUGUCAAUUAUGGGAAAAUUUUGGUCAACGUUUAUCAAGCCGGGGAGCAAAAGCUCAAAUAAUACAAACACCGAUCUGAAAACAGCACUUGAUGAGAAAACUUUUCAUAACAAUGAAGAUGCAUGCAAAGAAAAGGAUGUAAAGAGUAUCUUUAAAUUAAACUAUCGCUAA